AUGGCUCUCCCUUACAACUAUUGGACAGGCGAAGGUCCUAUCGAACCGCAAACGCCUUACAUGGUAUAUCCAAGGUCUCAUUCACCGUAUCCUCAGUAUGCUCAAUACGGUCUCCCAUACCCACGGUCCCACUCCCCUUAUCCACAUUACUCUUUUUCUCCUCCGCCUCCGCCUCCUCCCCCUCCACCACCGAUGCCUUUAUGGGGUGUCCCGGCUAUCCCGGCCAGCUCAAAGUGA